AUGGCUCACAGCUAUGAGAAUUUUAUGGGCAACAAGGAUUUUCAUCCAGGCAGUUUCAGAAACUUGAAAAAGGAGGGUGAAGAAGAUGAUAGCACAAAACUCAAAUUUGAUUGGCAGAGACAAGACAAAGCUCCACCCAGGGAGAGUCAUGGUGAGUCUAAUCCAACCUUUCUGAUCCAAAACGAUAGUGGACAGAAAUACGUACUAAGAAAACAACCAUUCGGUGACUUAUUGUUAGGAGCUCACAGGGUUGACAGAGAAUAUCAAGUAAUUUCUGCUCUUUAUUCCGUUGGGUUCCCUGUACCACGUCCUUAUUUAUUAUGCACUGAUGUCCACGUUAUUGGUGCAUCAUUUUAUGUAAUGGAAUAUGUUGUUGGACGAAUAUUUCGUGAUGCUUCUUUACCUGGAGUAUCACCUGAAGAGAGAAGGUUGUUAUAUAAAUCUGUAAUUGAGACUUUAGCUCAAUUACAUUGUAUUGAUUGGGAUAAGUUAGAAUUACAAGACUUUGGUGGACGGAGCAAAAGGAGCUACUGUGAACUUAUUGUUCAUGGUGACUACAGACCAGAAAAUGUUAUUUUUCAUCCAACUGAACCAAGAGUGAUAGCUGUAUUAGAUUGGGAGCUUAGUACGUUGGGACAUCUAGUUGAUGUUGGACAUCUCUGUAUGAUGUAUCUAACUUUUCCAAGCAAGUUAACUCUAAACAAUGCUCCUGGUGCUCCUGAUGAAAUCACUCUCACUGAGUGGUAUGCUAAAGCAGCUGGAAUACCUCAUCCAUUGGAGAAUUGGUCAUUUUUUCGAGCCAUGGCUGCUUUUAGGAUGGCAGCCAUUGCUCAAGGAGUUUAUGCUAGAGGAUUACAUGGCAAUGCUAGUAGUGAGGCUACUAAAAGUUUCAAAACAUUCCGUCAAACCUUGGCUGAAUGUUACGAACAUAUAACCAACCCUGAUAAAAUGUGGACUAUACCACCUAUUAUGGAAGAACUCAAAGAAGUAGCUCGUCUAGCUGGUUUGUGGAACCUGUUUUUACCAGGAGUCUCUGGAUUAAGUCAACUUGAGUAUGCUCCUAUGGCAGAAGAAAUGGGACUCCCAUUGUCUUCAGAAGUUUUCAACUGCAGUGCACCAGACACAGGUAAUAUGGAGGUACUAUAUAUGUAUGGCAGUGAACAACAGAAAGAAAAAUGGCUGAAACCUUUACUAGAGGGAAUUAGAUCCUGUUUCAGUAUGACAGAGCCAAAUGUUUCCUCCAGUGAUGCUACUAAUAUUGAGUGUACAAUAAAGAGAAUUGGAGAUGAAUAUGAAGUCAAUGGAUUAAAAUGGUGGUCUAGUGGUGCUGGUGAUCCUCGAUGUAAAGUUGCUGUAGUGAUGGGCAAGACUAACCUGAUGCAGACAGGUACAUCAAUUAUAGCAUGAUAUUUAAUCCAUCAACAUUCUAUGAUCUUAGUACCUCUGGACACUCCAGGAGUGAAGAAAAUCCGCCCCCUUUCAGUAUUUGGAUAUCUUGAUGCUCCUCAUGGCCACUUGGAAAUUAAUUAUGAUCAUGUCCGAGUUCCAGCUGAGAAUCUCAUCCUAGGUGAAGGUAGAGGAUUUGAAAUAGCUCAAGGUCGUUUAGGACCAGGUAGAAUCCAUCAUUGUAUGAGAUUAAUUGGUAUGGCAGAGAGAGCUGUUGAUAUGAUGUGCAGUAGAGCUAUUGAGAGGAAAGCAUUUGGUAAACGAUUAGUCCAUCAACAAACGGUACGUACGGCUAUUGCUGAAUCAAGACUUGAAAUCGAUCAAUGUCGUCUUCUUGUUCUCAAUGCAGCUCAUGCUAUAGAUACUAUUGGAAUAAAAGGGGCACGUAAACAGAUUGCAGCCAUUAAAGUUGCUGUGCCUCAAAUGGCUUGUCGUGUAGUAGAUCGUGCCAUUCAACUUCAUGGAGCAUUAGGAGUGUCACAGGACAGUCCACUAGCCCAUUUGUUUGUAAUAGCUCGUUCUCUAAGGAUAGCAGAUGGUCCAGAUAUUGUACAUUUAGAAACUGUUGCAAAACUAGAACUAAAGGAGAAAGCAAAACUAUAA